GCGCUUCAGCAUCUGAGGCUGAAGAGCGUGGUCAGAGUAUUGUGGAUUGACGCCUUGUGUAUCAAUCAGAGUUCCGUGGAAGAGAGAAACAAUCAGGUAUGCAUUAUUAUGGCAAGAGUAUACAAGCAAGCUGUUUGUGUUGUUGCUUGGCUUGGGCGCCUUCAAAAGACUGUCCCCACG